AUGACGAGCAAGACGUCCAAGGCCGAGCCUGAGCCGCAGCAUCCGUGGGGUCCACGCGUGCACAUCGGCAAGGUCUUCAUCAAGGGAAACGACCGCACCAGACCGCGAGUGUUUGAAAACGAGCUCCAGGAAGCGUACAAUGCCGAGCGUAUCGGUCAAUUGGUGCACAAGCUGGAGGAAGCGACAGAGGAGCUCAAGGCUCUUGAUAUCUUCGAGUCGAUCAGUAUUGAUUUGGACAAGGCAAGCUCUGGUGAGCGGGAUGAGACGGACGUGACCAUUACGGUGAAGGAGAAGAACUGGCGGUCGUUGCAUAUCGGCGCUACCACGGACGGCAACGAUGAAGCAGGCGAAUCUUCUCUCACGCUGGCGAAUGCGUUUGGAGAAGCAGAAAAGUUCACGUUGAGUGCUUCGUAUGCUCGCUCGGGAAGCAAUACGCAGCGCGCGACGUUCAAGAAGCCGCGCUUUCUGGGCUUGCCGCUGUUCUUGAGUGCCACGGGAGGGAAUGAGAUGCAUAACCAAGAGUGGCUGAGCUCUUACAGCGAAAAGGUCCGUGCUGGCAGCAUCUCCAUCAGCGACUAUGAUGGCGUGCAUGAACUGUCGCUGAACGUUGGCUGGCGGGACUUGCUGCCGCGUCGCGACUCGAAAAUUCCGACGGCAUAUCGUGCAUCGCCGAGUAUUCUGGCAGAAGCGUUGCCGUCUACUAAAACGAGCGUGAAGUAUGUCUUUACCGAUGACAACCGCGACAACCUUGUGUAUCCAGUCGCUGGAGGGCUGUUCAAGUACACGACAGAAAUUGCUGGCCUUGUGGGUGAUGUCCAGUUUGUCAAGGCGGAAGUGGAAGGCCAGAAGCAUAUGGCAGCUGGCCCCGAAGUAUUUGGCUUCCCGAUCCUGAACUUUGGCUUUUCGUACCACUUGGGAAUGGUGAAGUCGUACGGCAGUGAUCAGAACCGACCAGCGCGCAUUAGCGACCGUUUCUUUUUGGGCGGGCCCAUGAACGUGCGCGGCUUCAAUCAUAAGGGCAUUGGUCCUCGUGCUUCUCCUCUCGAUGGAGGAGUCGUGCAAGGAGACGCUCUCGGUGGCGACGUGAGCUACCGUGGAACAGCAAGCAUGGGCUUUCCCGCCCCGCUGCCGCUGUUUGCCGCGCUAGGACUCCGCGGUCAAGUUUUUGCCAACGUUGGUAACUUGACAACGUGGGACCGCUUGCUGGACGAGAAGAAGUGGAUGAAGAACCUUGUGGACGACACGCGCGUUUCCGUUGGCUUGGGACUGGUGUGGGGAACCCGCAUUGGCCGCAUCGAGGCCAACUACUCUUGGAUUCUCAAGGCGCAUGAUCACGACAACAUCAAGCGCGCUCAACUUGGUCUCGGCAUGACGUUCUGUUAG